UUGUUUUUGAAACGUUGCAAGAGCGAUAUGUGAGAAGGCGUGUUCCUAGAUAGCGAUCACGGCAACAACAAAGCUUCCGGGAUGCGCCAUUGUCCUUCAUAAUAAAGUAGAUUCGGAUUUUAUUCAUUGAGUGGUUCUUCUUUUCUUUUCUUUUCUUUUCUUUUCUUUUCUUUUCUUUUCUUUUCUUUUUUCUUUUCUCUUUUUUUUUCUUGCAGCCAGCUUUUCUCAGAAAGUGCCCUCUGUAGUGAAAUGUAUAGCCAGAAUCUUUCUUCAUUCACCGCAUAUGAUCAUGUAAUCAUCGUUCUAAAUACUGCGCUGUGUUGAUUUGCAAAGCAAGCAAAUGCCACCUAAUACUCUACGCUCUUCGGAAAGAAUUGCUAUUUUAAUGUAUAUUUUAAAUGAUAAUAAUAAAUGAUUAUAGUUGCUGAUAUUUUGAAGCAUCACACGAUCUAAAUCUACUUCCGCUUCUUGGAUGCGCAGUCUGCACGUGUACGGUGAUUCGCUGAAUAUUUAGGAUAUUUUUACUUUACUUUUUGUCCAUUUCAGACAACUGUGCAAGCUCCAGUUUAUACAUUAGUGCUGCCGAGUGCGUGUCAUGACGUUUAGGGGAGCAGAACCCGCUUUUAUUGGUGCUAGUUGACAUAUUGGAGCCGUGGAGCUAGCAUAACAUAAGUUUACAUGCCGGGAGAACAUGUCCAGGCUUGAUACCAGUCACCAAGGAAGCGAAGGACCAAGACGCACACGCAGUUAAGAAAAACUGCUUGUUUUUAUGCGUGACAUGGAUUACCAGUUCCCACCUCAGCUUUUUCCUUCCUUUUACAACUGCGGGCCGCCGAACUCGAACCUGAAACACUGUGCCGGAAACUGGGGCUCCUACAACGGAGUGAGGCUUGAGAGUGUCUCCGGGCUUCCCUCCAGCUGGACAUUUACAUCCAAGCAUCAGGUUAGAGGGGAGACGUGGCGCGUCACCGAGCCUGUCCCGCUUCCCCUCCUAUCUCCUAAAAAGGCCUUCCUUUGGCCCCCGAAACCUCCAGAUGUGCAGGACUUCACAGAACACAUGGAGAACUUCUUCGUGGAUCACUCUCAAGAUGCAUUCAGUUGCAUGAGUGAUGUCCUGGGUGAAAACUUCAACUUCAAACCAGGAAAGAAAGAGAAAUAUCGCAGCGAAUCCGUCAGCAUGUGGAGAGUGAAAUCCUUCCUCGACAGACUAAAGCUUAAAUUAUGUCUGAAGUCAUAUAACUGUCCUGCCAUGAAUGGGUACAGCAGCUUGCUGUCCGACGUGGUGCACGACAUCCCUCCCGACUUGCUGGGGUCUCUGCUGCAAGAGGAGCUGAGGGAGCAAAGGAAGCGCCUGGUGUUCUCUGACAGAGCCACAGGGGGCGCAUUGGCAUUCGUCCCCUUCUCACACAAUGAUAGCAGCGACUCUCUGCAUGGCUGCCUUCUCUAUCCCAGAAAACAAGGACUAGACUGCCUCACCUUCCACAAAGUGGAGCUGCAGCACCACAAAGGGGGUACUUCCUGUGUGGACACCAGCAGCCACGACCCUCUCAGUUUCCAGCUCACAGCCCCCAUCAGACAGAUCAGCUUCACGUCCCUCUUCAACGAAGGCUGCGUUGGUGUGCGGUCAGAUUACCUUUGUGGAGUCUGGAGGUUCAGUGAAAGCAACGAGCCACGUUUACUCCAGGCGGUCAACACCAGAGAGAUGGCAACCUGCAUCAGUGUCAGUCCUCAUAUUUUGGGAGAAGUUCUCGUGGCGAGUGAGAGUGGAGCCGCAAACCUGUGGACUGUCGGCAAAGGGAUGCAGAAGGUUCGUGUGGAGGACAGCAACUUGUACUUCAACGCCAAGUCAUCCUGGAGAUGGUGCGAAUUCUCUGCUCACCCAAGGGUGAUGCUCUACGCAGACAGGACAGGGGUGGAGCUCACAGAUAUCAGGGCAAAUCCAGCCUCAGGAUAUACACUGUUUCGUAUCAGCAGCACCGCAGAUUGUCGGAGCGGGGAGAGACUCGUCUUGUCCCGAUAUCUGAGAGAAACUCACUCUUUCCAUCACCUCAUCACCACACAGUACUCUGCCUACAUCAUGGACGAGCGUUUUCCAUGCGUGCCAAUGCUCAAGUGGGAUCACAUGAUGCAGUCCCCACCUGUGUUUUGUCACGUCAUUCCUGGCUCCUCAUCCUCUGGCUUGGCGACAGGAGGCAGGGAAAGUACCACUAAGGUCCUGCUUGGCUCCCAGAGUUCUCAGGAAAUCACAAUGCUGCAGUACUCAGGAGGCAGAGCACAGGCCUGUUUCAGUCGAGGUCCUCCUCAGGCUCUGCUCAGACCCAGAGACAGCCUGAAACACCUCCCAGUCCAGAUCCCUCGCCGCCUGCGCAAUGCAAACAAUAGACUGUCUUCACCGGCCGCAGGCAUUGCUUGUAUUCAGAAGAAAGCAGUACGAGGUGGUCAGGAGUGUAUGUGCAUCCUACAGCUUACAGAGGCAGGAGAUAUUUUCUAUCAGAUACUUGAGCCCGAGCAGCAGGACGCCGAGAUGUCCCGACCACCAGCGGCGAGGGACGAACCUGUGCUGCAACAAGCUGCCAAGGAACUGCCACAGUCAACUCUGACAGAGGAAGCAACACCAGGGAGGAAGCUGGAAGACCUUCCACCAGGUUCUCAGCCUCUUUUUUCAGACACGUCCAGUGAUGAGGGCAUAGUCAGGCCUACUCAGAGUCUCAGUAUGCACAGAGUUGUUGCGAAAAAAACAGAAAGAGAUCAACGAGCAAUGAACGUGUACUCUGACUCUGACUGUGAGUCUUCAGAGGCAAGCAAAAACCGAAAGCAGUUGCAGCUGCCGGUUAUUGUUAAUGACGAGCCAGAGCUAGAUGAAAUGAGCAGUUUGGAUGAAGGUGUGAAAGAUGAUAAUGUGGCUAAAGGUAAAUCUGAUAAUCUUGGCAAAGAGGAGGUGACCGUCAGCCCAUCUCAGCGACCGAUUCCAAUAAAAGUCAGCAGCAGUGCUCUUGUCAUGUGGAAACACUGGCUCCAGAAACUAAUGCAGAAAUGUAAUGAAAAAAAGCCUCGUCCACACUGCUCACUGCACCCCACAAUCGAAACAAAAGGUCUGUUCCAUCUGCCUGACAAUGAUGCCAGUGAUGUGUCAGAAGAAGAGUGUGUGCAAAGCCUGAGGCAAGUCCUGAGGUCAUGCAUGUCUAGACGCUCGCUGCUGGUUCACAGCACUGUGUCUGCCUCACUCAGAACUCCAGAUAUUGUGCCAUUGACAAACCAGGUGGACACAGAAGCCUGGACUGAUCCACUGAGUCAGCGUCUGACCCUCUCCUGGAAGAGUGAGGAGGCGUGGCGGGCGUGGUGGACUGAACAUUUAGGGAUGAACAGGGAGGCUAAGGUACAGGCUCUGAGGAAGAAGAGGAGGAAGGAAAAGGAAGCAAAGAGAGCUGCUGGCAGUGUAUUGGAUCUGUCCGGAAGCUUUACCUCAUCUGUCAGCUACCAGACAGACCUGGAUGAUUUCUCUGAUUCAACGGGCUGGUCCUCUGCAACAAGUCAGGGGGCAUGGUCAGACGCCGAAAAUAAGGAGACACAGUCACAGUUGGAUUUUUGGGAGCACGAGAGGGAAAGAGCUCUGACACCUUCCACUAUUCAAAUGGACACUCCGGAUCACACACCAGCCACCACACCUCAAGUUGUUCAAGGUGAACAAGGUGACAGACAGACUCCCAGCAGACCACAUAGUCUGUCUGUAAACCAACCACACAGCCCCAACCCACCAGCCAGUCAGAGGAGGAACAAACGUCCAGCUGAUGACAUCCUCAGUGUUUUGUUUGCACCUCAGGAGGUCCCAUCACAUAAUGACUUCCCGGAGAAUGAAAGCCCUGUGCACCCAAAUACAGCCUCCACUCUGUUCCGCAGCUCCCAGUCCCAGAGGAGCUUGAGGGUGGAUCUGUCCAAGGAAGUCUUCCCCUCAAUUGGUUCAUCUCAGACUUCAUCCUUCUCACAGAGUUCACAGGGCCGCCAGGGGCUGUCGCAGGCAUCACAACCAAAGAAGAAGAAAUCUCGAAUGGGGUUUUAAUGCAAUGAUCUGUCCAUCACACCAAGAGUGGGGAUGGACAGAUCAAUGCGUCCUUCCCACUGGAUGUUUUCUUGCUCCCGGAUUUGCAAAAUGGAUUUUCUACUGGUCUCAUUCAUCUGGAUUGAAAUUACUAGAAAUGAACUUGAAAACUGGAUCUGAUGGAGAACAAGAAACUGAUCAUCUCUGUCUGAUCCCUGAAGAAAGAUUCGCUGCAGACUGGUUUGGUAGGACUGAAUGCAAUUUAUUAUGUGCUUUGCGGAUAUGACUUUGGUUUCCCACGGUGGUCCAGUGCUUGUGUUUGAGAGGUGGCUCUGGUUGCUGGAUUACUUUUUGCAUUUCUGACUGCACACUGUCGCACUGAGCCGAUGUUUCGGUUGUGUUGGUUUCUAUUUCUAUGGAUUUGACAUUCCUGUGGUUUCAACACCCAGUCACAGAGAUGAGUUGACAUAGUUUAUUGAAAAUGGUGAACUAGCGGCAAAUGGUCAUGUUGUCUUACAACUCUAAGGUCUGAUGUCAUGCUUUUUUGCAAGUUGCUAUCGGUUCUGAACACAAGCAGUUUGCACACAUCCACAAUAUAGCUGUUUUUGUUAACAUGGUAGUUAUGUUUUAUUUCUAGCAUAUUAAUGGGUGUUUUGGGAGAAGCUCCAAUGCCCAUAGCAAAAUCCAAAUCAAAGGAAUCAGGAAAGGAAAGAAUGAAUUGUUUUACUUGAAUGAAAUUCCCUGCUAUAAUUUUACAAAGUUCACAAGUGUUUAUAUAUGUGUGUGCAACUGCUGCUUGGUUAGGUCUAUCUUUCUAAACAAAACUUCUGCGAAAUCACACAACUCAAUUUAGGUUCUCAUUGGAAAAAGAAAAGGAACAUUUAAAGUUUGAAGGUCCAUUGCCUGAACAAGAUGAUUUUGAGCAGGAAAAAAGUAGGAAGUAACAGACUGAAGCCAGACAUUUGACAAAACCAGUUUUUAUUUCUCAUCUUUGAAUCUUGUGGUGCAUUUUUGCCUUGUUCAUUCAGCCAUUCACUUCCUCGCUCUGGACAUGUUGCUUAUCGCCACUUUCUGACUUUUUACACGUAAGCCCAGCUCAUUUAGGAGAACAAUGCUGGAUUUUACCACAAAUCCAUGGCAGCUCCACUAGCCACAUGCGAGCACUCUAUCCUUGCUGCUUCUGCUGCCAUCUCUUGAUAUCUAGCUCUAUCUCUAGCUCAACACACGAGACCGUAAGUUCAAUAAAAUGGACUACAUUCUCUAGCUUAGACCACAAUAGCAGGUCGGGUUGUAGCCAAGUGCUAACUGUUUGGGUUGGGAUAAUUAGUUGCUGGAGGUUUGCAUUUGGCCAGGGUCAGCGUCUACUGGUAAUAUGAGGUGAUACCUGGACCCUACAGAUGUUGCACAUGUAGUCACACGCCUUAAGGAUGGUAUAUCAAUAUGUGAUCUUGGUGGAAAACAAACUCAUUGCAGCCACUUAUGCAGGAAAUAUUCACUUAGGUUUCAUUAUUUUCUGUACUUUUGACUUGUUUUUUUGACACAAGUGAUGGCACAGCUGCACUUUUAUUUUCUUUUGGACUUUGUGUUAUUUGGUAUUAUGUGGUGACUUUUUAUUUGUUAUGUGUUUGUGUUAGUUCAAUAAAUUUAAAAGUGUGUAAUUUUUCAGUAUUUUUGUUGGGGUGGUUGUGGCAAGUGGGGCUUGAAAGUUCCCCUUUAUUUAAAUGGGAAUGACCAAAAAAGUUUGUGAAGCACUGCAUUACAACA